AUGGGGUUAUUCAGAAGUUUUGUCUUCUUCUUGGCCCUAUACCUGCUGCAGGGGUCCAAUACUUCCCUUGUUCGGCUGGAUAACAAUGGCUACGAGGGCAUUAUCAUUGCUAUAGACCCUGCUGUGCCAGAAGAUGAAACACUAAUUCAACAGAUAAAGGACAUGGUGACUGCAGCAUCUACUUAUCUGUUUGAAGCCACAGAAAAAAGAUUUUUUUUCAAAAAUGUAUCAAUAUUAAUUCCAGAGAAUUGGAAGAAAAUCAUUCAGUACAAGAGGCCAAAGCAUGAAAGUUACAAACAUGUUGAUGUUUUAGUCUCACCACCUACCCUCCCCGGUAGAGAUGAACCAUAUACCAAGCAGUUCACAGGCUGUGAAGGAAAAGGAGAAUACAUUCACUUCACCCCUGACUUUGUACUUGGAAAAAAACAAAAUGAAUUUGGACCAUCAGGUAGACUGUUUGUUCAUGAGUGGGCCCAUCUCCGCUGGGGAGUGUUUGAUGAGUACAAUGAUGAUGAGCCUUUCUACAGCGCUAACACAAAGAAAAUUGAAGCAACAAGGUGUUCCACAGGCAUUACUGGUAUAAACAGAGUGUAUAAGUGUCAAGGAAACAGCUGUGUAGCUAAGGGAUGCAAAAUUGAUUCCAAGACAAAACUGUAUGAAAAAGAUUGUCAGUUCUUCCCUGAUAAAUAUCAAACUGAAAAGACAUCCAUAAUGUUUAUGCAAGGUAUUGAUUCUGUCGCUGAAUUCUGUAACAACAAAACCCAUAACCGUGAAGCUCCAAGCCUACAAAACAAAAUGUGCGAUUUCAGAAGCACAUGGGAGGUGAUCAGCAGUUCUGAGGAUUUUAGAAACACAGUGGCUAUGGUGGCACCACCCCCUCCGCCUGUCUUCUCAUUGCUAAAGAUCAGUGAAAGAAUUGUGUGCUUAGUCCUUGAUAAGUCUGGAAGCAUGGCUGGUUCUAAUCGCCUAAAUCGAAUGAAUCAAGCAGCAAAACAUUUCCUGCUUCAGACCGUUGAAAAUGGAUCCUGGGUGGGGAUGGUGCACUUUGACAAUACUGCCUACAUCAAAAGUAAUCUAAUCCAAAUAAUAAGCAGCAAUGAAAGAAGACAGCUCUUGGCGAGUUUACCUACAGCUGCUGGUGGAGGAACUUCCAUCUGCAGCGGAAUUAAAUCAGGAUUUCAGGUAAUUGGAAAUAAUUACUCCCAAAUAGAUGGAUCUGAAAUAGUGCUGCUGACUGAUGGGGAGGAUAGCUCUGCAAACACCUGUAUUGAUGAAGUGAAACAAAGUGGGGCCAUAAUUCACUUUAUUGCUCUGGGACCAAAUGCCGAUCAAGCAGUCAUAGAGAUGAGCAAUGUAACAGGAGGAAAACAUUUUUAUGCUUCAGAUGAAGCCCAGAACAAUGGCCUCAUUGAUGCUUUCGCGGCCCUUGCAUCAGGAAACACCGAUGCCUCCCAGCAAUCUCUUCAGCUUGAAAGUAAGGGAUUAAAACUCGACAAUACUGACUGGAUGAACGGCACUGUAAUAAUUGAUAGCACUGUGGGAAAGGACACAUUCUUUCUCAUCACAUGGAACCAACAGCUUCCCGUUAUUUCUCUCUUGGAUCCCACUGGAAACUCAGUGGGAAAUUUCAUAGUGGAUUCACCUUCCAAAAUGGCCUAUCUCAGUAUUCCAGGAACUACAAAGGUGGGUGUUUGGACUUACAGUCUUCAAGCAAAUGCAAAAGGGGAGACAUUAACUAUAACAGUAAAUUCUCGAGCGGCAAAUUCUUCUGUGCCUCCAAUCACAGUGAGUGCUAAGAUGAAUAAAGAUACAAACAGCUUCCCCAGCCCAAUGAUUGUUUAUGCAGAAAUUCUACAAGGGUAUAUACCCAUUCUUGGAGCCAAUGUGACUGCUUUCAUUGAAUCGAAUACUGGGAAAACAGAAGUUUUGGAACUUUUGGAUAAUGGUGCAGGUGCUGAUUCUUUUAAGAAUGAUGGAGUCUACUCCAGAUAUUUUACAACUUAUAAAGAAAAUGGCAGAUAUAGCUUGAAAGUACGGGCUCAUGGAGGAGAAAAUGCUGUCAUGCGAAACUUAUGGCAUCCACUGAAUAGAGCUGCAUAUAUACCAGGCUGGGUAGUGGAUGGGAACAUUAAAGGGAAUCCACCAAGACCUGAAAUUGAUGAGAACACUCAGACAAACUUGGAGAGUUUCACCAGAACAGCAUCUGGAGGUGCAUUUGUGGUUUCAAACGUUCCAAGUGAUCCCUCCUUGACUGACGUCUUCCCACCAAGUCAAAUCACAGACCUUAAGGCCACAUCAGAUGAGGAUGAGAUCAGUCUAACAUGGACAGCACCAGGAGAUGAUUUUGAUGUUGGAAGAGUUCAAAAGUAUAUCAUAAGAAUAAGCGGAAGUAUCCUGGAUCUAAGGGAUAAUUUUGAUGAUGCGCUGCAAGUAAACACUACUGAUCUGUUACCAAAUGAGGUCAACUCCAAGGAAAACUUUACAUUCAAACCAGGAAAUAUCUCAGAAGAAAAUGCAACCCACAUAUUCAUUGCCAUUAAAAGUGUGGAUAAAAGCAAUUUGACAUCAAGGGCAUCUAACAUUGCACAAGUAGCUUUGUUUGUUCCUCAACCAGAUUACAUACCUGAUGGAAUUCAUCCAGAUCCUACUCCUGAUAAAAAUCCCCCUAAGUCCGGACUCAGCAUUUCUACUUUGGUGGUGUUAGUGGUUGGCACUGUGAUAAUUGUCAGUCUGAUUUUGAGUAUCACCAUUUGUGUCUUAAGCAGGAAAAGAAAUUCUAGCAGACCUAGAACAGGGUUUUAAAAAACAUCAAUGACAAAAGUAAAGGAUGUUUCUCAAUUUUUAAAUUUAUCAUGUGUGAUCAUGAACUCAUACAAAUAAUUUUAAGAGUUUUAGAAGGGAUAGUUUGACUACAUAUAAACAU